AUGSAAUCACAGAUUGGCUGCGAGGGACCUCUGGAGAGCGUCGAGUCCAACCCCCCUGCGCCAUUCGAGGAGGACGCGGAGGACGCGGCGGGCGGCCUGGACGGCGGGCAGGGCCGCAGGAAGCGGCUCUUCUCCAAGGAGCUGCGCUGCAUGAUGUACGGCUUCGGGGACGACCAGAACCCCUACACCGAGUCCGUGGACAUCCUGGAGGACCUCGUGAUCGAGUUCAUCACCGAGAUGACGCACAAGGCCAUGUCCAUCGGGCGGCAGGGCCGCGUGCAGGUCGAGGACAUCGUCUUCCUCAUCCGCAAGGACCCCCGCAAGUUUGCCAGAGUUAAGGACCUGCUCACCAUGAACGAGGAACUGAAACGAGCCAGGAAGGCCUUUGAUGAAGCCAACUACGGGUCCUGAUGCCCUGCGCGUGCUGGGCAGCUCCUUGGAACUCGGGAAUUCCAAAGCAGGGAAUUCCUGCUUUGUUGGAGGGUUUGUGCAUUGUUGGAGGGUUUUUCAGGAUGCAGGUCAGUGCUGGGGUGUCUGCCUCGGCUCUGAGCCUUCACUCAGCAGUGUUCAAGCCUAUGAGCGUGACCUGAUGGUAUGUGGUGUUUUGGGAUAUUUUAUACCCUUUUUUGAAAUUUAAGAAAUAUAAAAGUGAGCUGUAAAGGUUCUUCUAAUGGUGAGAAGUCUGCCUGAGGUAGGACUAUAUUGUCAGGUAUCCRGAGGAGCUGACUCUUUACAACUACAUAAGUCACUAUUAGAUCCUUCUGUGACAGGAGACCUAGAAAAGGGAUCGUGGAUAACUGGACAACCUGUGCCUUCAAGCACAGGCCAUUUGAACUUCUGCUUUCCUUCCUGUUCCUGCUCCCUMUGUGAAUAAAACAUCUUGUCCUCGUG